GCUCUCUUUGCAUAUAAAGCGCAGACCUGCAGCUACAAAGCGCUAGCUUUUGCUUAGCUUAGCAAGAGUGACGAACUGACGAUCCAAGCUACUGCCAUGGGAGGAGGAGGGGAACGCGACGGCCAAGCGGAGCCGCUUCUCGGGAAGCUCUCGGAUUCGGCUUACGGUUCAUCGGAGGAGCAGAUUGUCAAGAGAUCAGGGACGGCAUGGACGGCGGCGGCGCACAUCAUAACGGCGGUGGUCGGCUCCGGCGUGCUGUCGCUGGCGUGGAGCGUGGCGCAGCUCGGCUGGGUGGGAGGGCCGGUGGCCAUGGCGGUCUUCGCCGGGGUGACCGUCGUCCAGUCCUCCCUGCUCGCCGACUGCUACAUCUCCCAUGACCCGGAGCGCGGCGUCGUCAGGAACAGGUCCUACGUGGACGCUGUGGGCUUUUACCUAGGUGAGAAGAGCCAGUGGUUCUGCGGAUUUCUCCUCAACUUCAACUUGUUUGGGGGUGGCGUGGUGUACACUCUCACAGCAGCCAUCAGCAUGCGGGCGAUUCAGAAGGCCAACUGCUACCACCGGGAAGGACACGACGCGCCGUGCUCCGCCGGCGGAGACGGCUACUACAUGCUCGUGUUCGGGCUCGCGCAGGUCGUCCUCUCCCAGAUACCGGGCUUCCACGACAUGGCCUGGCUCUCCGUCUCGUCGGCGGCCAUGUCCUUCUCCUACUCCCUCAUCGGCUUCGGCUUCGGCAUCGCCAAAGUCAUAGCUAAUGGAGUGGUCAAGGGGGGAAUCGGAGGGAUCGCCAUGGUGUCCGCGACGCAGAAGGCGUGGCGAGUCUCGCAGGCGAUCGGGGACAUCGCGUACGCCUACCCCUACGCGUCGGUCCUGCUCGAGAUCGAGGACACGCUGAGGCCGCCGGAGAACGAGACGAUGAAGACGGCGUCGAGGGCGAGCGUCGCGGUGACCACCUUCUUCUACCUCGGCUGCGGGUGCUUCGGCUACGCGGCGUUCGGCGACGCCACGCCCGGGAACCUCCUCACCGGCUUCGGCUUCUACGAGCCCUACUGGCUCGUCGACUUCGCCAACCUCUGCAUCGUCCUCCACCUCCUCGGCGGCUACCAGGUGUACUCGCAGCCGGUGUUCGCGGUGGUGGAGCGGCGGAUGGGCGGCCCGGCGGCGGGCGUGGUGGAGGUGCCGCUGCCGGUCGGGUCGCCGCCGCGCCGGCGCCGCUGCCGCGUGAACCUGUACCGGCUGUGCUUCCGCACGGCGUACGUGGCGGCGACGACGGCGCUGGCCGUGUGGUUCCCCUACUUCAACCAGGUGGUCGGGCUGCUCGGCGCCUUCGCCUUCUGGCCGCUGUCCAUCCACUUCCCCGUCGAGAUGUACCUCGUGCAGAAGAAGGUGGCGCCGUGGACGGCGCGGUGGCUCGCUGUCCGCGCCUUCAGCGCCGCCUGCUUUGUCACGAGCGCCUUCGCCUCCGUUGGCUCCGCCGUCGGCGUGUUCGUCUCCAAAACCAGCUAAUUAAACCGCAUCAGUUCCGCAAAAAGGCAGUGUUCCUUUUCAUCGUGAGAAUCGAAGCAAAAUAUGGUCUGUAAAUAGCAAAGAACUCAGACGCUUUGUAACAUAAAGCGUUUUUCAUUGUGACGGUCGAAGAAAAAUCGUGUGUAAAUAGCAAAGGAAUCAGCCUCUGUGUAAAGAGGACAUUUGCGUA